GAAGGAAGGAAAGAAGGGAGAGAGGGAGGAUGAACAAGGAAAGAAGAAAGGGAAGGAAGGAAAGAAAGAAGUAAGAAAGAAGGAAAGAAAUUGAAAGCGUAAGUAUGUGUUUGGAGGGUUGUUAUUUGUUUUGGUGACUGCUAAGAUUUCUUCCAGACCAAAAAUUUUAUAAUUUUAAGAAAUCUGAGGUUAUAAGGACCUUGAACUUGCCCCAGAAGUCCUUCAAAAGUAGCAGGUACCAGCCCUCCUUUACAACUGCAAACAAGAUUCCUGAUCUUUUUCGCAAGUUCCCAUCAGUGUCUCACUGAUCCAUUGUUUACAGCCACACGGUGUGACUCGGGGAGAUGAAUUAUUGGACCCAAAUGGCAUAAUAUCAUUUUCCUGCCUGGUGCUGAUGUAAGUGCAUCUGUAAGGAGAUAUCAUGUCAAAUGGACAGUUUUGACAAAACUGCCAUGGAAAAUGUGCCAUGAAAUUAAGAGAUAGAAGCAGUGCUUCAUCACCAGAGCUAGGAGCCCGUCUCACAGGGACUUGCCAAGGCACUGGGGGUUUUGAGAAGGUUUCAGGUGCUUAGCACAGUGCCUGGCGCACAGUAGGAACUUGAUAAAUGUUUAUUGAUCGACAUCUAGAAAGCACAUGACUUUGAUCAGGGAUAGGGCCACUCUGUCUUUUAAUUCCUGGUUUUAUUGAUGGUUCUUUUCCAUGAGUCUACUUCCAGCUGGUUGAAGAGAGAGUAGUUCCAUGCCCAUCACUCUCUGACUUGGCCAUGCACCUGAUUGGAUGGCCCUGAGAAAUAAGGUGACCAAGAGCAUUACUAAUGUGCCGGGGCUGUGUCCGGUGUGAGAGGGGCAGAGCAUGGUUAGUCAGUGACUAAGUCUUGGAAGAGGGAUGGUGAUAGAACCCUCCGGGACCUGCCCAGAAUUCUGCCUAGAACUCCUUUCAUAUGAGGCAAAACAGCUGGGAGUUACCCCACAAAGUGGUGGGACAGCUGCCCCCUCCCAUCCUCCAAGGUGUCCAGCCCACGCCUCUGCAGACAUGGCGGAAGCCCAGUCAUAGGGAGGUUUAGUUAUGUCCACAAAGCCAGGAGGUGGCAAGUUUGCCAACCCCUUUGUAGACGUUACUGACUGGGAACCCCAGAGUUCUCUCUACUCUGUCACAUCAUUCUAAUUAAGUAUGGAGAUGAGUAAUGGUGCUAAUAGAAACAGGGACAAUGGACCAGGGGAAGGGGGAGCUGAAUUAUAGGAGCUCUUGAGGUCAUGAGAUCAUUGAUCCUAGAAAUAAAUGGGGUUUUGAGGCCAUCUAGUCCCACCCCUCACUUUCCAGCUGAAGAGCUGAAGACCAGAGAAGCUAAAGGAUUUGCCCAUGGUAGUGAGACUCAUGGACGGGGUUUGCCCCAGGAUCUCCAAGUUUAGAAACAGCCUUUCCACUCUUUCUUUUCCAUCUCUGAAACUUAUGACUCUCCAAGUAUCAAUGGAUAACGUCUUAGUCCCCAUUGGGUGGGUCUUUGUGCCAUAGAACAUUCCCUUUUCACAAACAGGAAAACAAAGGUGGAAGAGGAUGGUGGUACAUGUAGUGGAUAGAGCGCCAGCCUUGGAAUCUUGGGUUCGAAUCCCAUUUCUGGUACUUGCUAUUUUUGUGUCAAUUGGGCUGUGUGAGCUUCAGUUUCCAAUCUUUCAAAAUGGGAAAUACUAACAGCUGUGAGAUCCACUCACUGAACUGCCGUGAAACUCAACUGAGAUAAGUAAGCUACGUCAAGGGUGUUAACGUCUGCAUCGAAGCCGGUGGGAGUAGGCACCAGCGGUGGGCAGACGUGGAGUUAAGUUCUUCCAAGUGACAAAGUGAGUGCGAAGUAAAGGCAGAGCGAUAACUCGGAGAUCCAUUAUCUUUCCCCCUCAGCCUGUCCGGUGUCUCAUGAAUAGAAUCAUGGAGGCCGGAUCAUAAUGGAAAUAAAGCUCUCUCUGGAAAACCCCGGGUCAGGCUAUUUGUGAACCACUUAAGUCAUUUCAUCUCCAGCACAAAAGGCCAUCAUCUGGGCUACCAGCUGUGAGCCAAACAGCCCCUCAGAGUCCAGACUCUUGAGAGGGGACAGAGCCUCCCGGUUCCAGCUGCCACCAUGGCUGCCGGCUCUAAUGAGAAAUUACCAGGCGGCCAAUUUCAGAUCUGAAUUUCCAUUUGAGUCAUUCGUCUUUGGAAGAGUCUGUUCUCUCUCACCUUUGAACACAAGACAUGAUGUUCGCUAACAAGGGAGCUGAUGCUUUUACACCGCCAGUGGACUGCGGGUUAAUUAAUACCCUCGUUACUUGGGAAAGUCGGGGAAGUGAAGUGAGACUGAGCCGGAGCAUCAGGUUAUUAGCAGGAGCUGAUUAAGAAUGGAAAUGGGCUCGUUUCAUUGUGGCGCGACCCCGGGGGUGGGGGAUGCGUUUAAUGGACGGGGACUCAUCAAGAGAGCCAGCCCUUCCUUGGCAAGAAUCUUUUCCUUUCCCUCAUCAUCUGAGAAGGGGCCAUCAGAAAAGGUUAAUUGGCAAGCGGGAGAAUGCUUCAUCCCUUCGUUAUUGAGAACACUCCUUCCCUUGGGAUUCACCAAAGUCUGCUUUAAGUUCAGGAUUCUCAUUUCAUCCGUACAAAUAUAUUCAGGAUCAAGUGACCAGAAUACAAUGGUUCUCCUGUGAGGGAAGCAUUUUCAGAGGAGCACAGAAUGGUGCCUUCAUUGGUUUCUCAAUAGAAAUAGUGAUUUUUUUCUUAAUAUAAUAUCUACAAUUGCUGUCACCCUCUGCCUCCUUUUCAUCCACUCUGCGGUCAUCGCUGCAGAAUUGGAAGGGGCCCAAACAAGACUGAGGGCCAUUUUGUAUUGUCCUUUGUUCCAUGGCUUGCCAAGGCCAAAGAUUCAGUACCCAGGGGCCAGACCGGCCUCUUCUUUCCAGCAUUUGCCAUGAAAAGCCGGGUCCCCUCCCAGAAAGACAUCCAGGAGCACUUUGUGGUUGGCUCAUUUCUUCGCCAUGUCCGGAGACAAUGAGGAAGGCCCCCGGCACGGAGGGAAGACGUUCCAUAGCAAACUUCUUGGAGGACAUGAAUGGCAGGAUGAGCAGAGACCCUCCUGGACGACUUCCUGCUCACCUACACCGUCUUCAUGACCACGGACGACCUGUGCCAGGCGCUCCUGAGGCACUAUUCUGCUAAGAAAUACCAAGGCAAGGAAGAGAACUCGGACGUGCCGCGUCGGAAGCGGAAGGUCUUGCACCUCGUGUCCCAGUGGAUCGGGCUCUACAAAGACUGGCUGCAUGAGGACGAGCCCUCCAAGAUGUUUCUAAAGACGAUAUACAGGAAUGUACUAGAUGACAUCUAUGAAUACCCAGUCCUUGAGAAAGAGCUGAAGGAACUUCAGAAGAUCCUUGGGAUGCACCGGAGGCACACCGUGGAUGAAUACUCGCCACACAGAAAGAACAAAGCCCUUUUCCACCAAUUUAGUCUUAAGGAGAAUUGGCUCCAGCACCGAGGAACCGUGGGUGAAACAGAGGAAAUUUUCUGCCACGUGUACAUCACGGAGCACUCGUACAUCAGCGUCAAGGUCGGGGUCUCCAGCACGGCCCAGGACAUCCUCAAGAUCGUGGCCGGGAAGCUCCAGCACGCUCAGGAGGAGCUGGUCCUCGUGGCUGUCGCCUUCUCAGGGGAAAAGCAUGAACUUCAGCCAAAUGACUUAGCCAUCUCAAAAUCACUGGAACUAUCAAGUCGGAUCUAUGUCUACCGCAAGGAUCUGUCAGAGACUUUGAGCCCCCUGGUCGAGAGUGAGGAAUCCCAGCAAAGGUCUCUGAGAAUCUUGGGAAUGAACACAUGGGACCUGGCCAUGGAAUUAAUGAACUUCGAUUGGAGCUUGUUCAACUCAAUUCAUGAGCAAGAGCUGAUUUACUUCACAUUCAGCCGACAAGGAAGCAGCGAGAACACGGUGAACCUCAGUCUCCUGCUGCAGAGAUGCAAUGAAGUCCAGCUGUGGGUGGCCACGGAGAUCCUGCUGUGCAGCCAGCUCUGCAAGAGAGUCCAGCUGGUGAAAAAGUUCAUCAAAAUCGCUGCUCACUGCAAAGCCCAAAGAAACCUGAAUUCUUUCUUUGCCAUUGUAAUGGGUCUCAACACAGCAUCCGUCAGCCGGCUGUCCCAGACCUGGGAGAAAAUCCCUGGGAAAUUUAAGAAACUUUUCUCAGAGUUGGAGAGUUUAACGGACCCUUCCCUGAAUCAUAAAGCCUACAGAGAUGCGUUCAAAAAGAUGAAGCCUCCCAAAAUCCCCUUCAUGCCUCUCCUCCUUAAAGAUGUGACAUUCAUCCAUGAAGGAAACAAAACUUUCUUGGAUAACCUCGUCAAUUUUGAAAAGCUGCACAUGAUUGCAGAUACCGUCCGGUCCUUGAGGCACUGCCGGAAUAAUCAGUUUGGAGGUGAAGUGUCUCCCAAGGAGCACCAGGAGCUCAGGUCCUACGUGCAUCACCUGCACGUCAUCGACAACCAGCAGGUGCUGUUUGAGCUUUCCCACCGGAUCGAGCCGCGGGCGUGAGCGCGCCCCUGCCACGCCAGCCCGGCGGGCAGACCCUGGGCACUCUGGGUUACGGGAAUGUCGAUGCCAAGCAUGUGGCUUUCCUCCUGAAAACGGAUUUGCUGAGUUUUAUCAGUCACUCCCAAGGCGCCUGUGAGCGAUGCCGGGCAGCGUGAGAAGGUGCCGGCCUUUGGAUGGGAGGGGGCGCCGGGCUCUCCCCGGACAGCUGGAACUGGAGAGGAAGGGGAAGCAGCAGCCGGCAGGACCCCUGUCUUCUUCUCACUUUAAUUUGGAUGCCAGAGUUAAUAGCAUCAUUCGCCAUGCCGUGUCAUGUCCUGUUAGGACAAAUCAUUUCAAGCAGAAAGCCCAGGACCCGGAGAGGGAGAGGAUUUCCCAGAUCCCUUGGAAUCUACUUCUCAGCAGAUCCCACUGCACUGCGUGAGAGGCAGCCCUGGGUCAGACCCAGAGACCCCACCUCAAGGACCUGGGCUCAAGCCCCAUCAUCGACGCAUCCCGGCCGUGAGAUCCUGAGCAAAUCCCUUCCCUUCCUAGGUGAAAACAAGAUGGAAAUCUGCAUUGUUGCCCAGAGUCCCCACACUGGUCUGGCCAAGAAAAUUGGCUUUUUUCUAAGACCUUGAAAAAAGUCCCAUCAUUUGCCCCUUUUCCAACUUAGUUGUGGUUUCUCCAAGAGAAUAGCCAUGAAACCACACGUGAGAAUACACGUAAACAUUAAGGCAAACGUGGGAAGAGUCAUCCCCACCUUUUCUGCUUAUGUUCUGAAGCUUGCAUUUUCCAGAUCUCCACUUUUUUUUUAAGCCACGAUCGUAUAAAGAUUCACACUUAGGAAUGAAAUUAUUUUCUGCACAGCUGGCUAAUUUAAUGAAAAUUAUUUGGGCCAAUUAGGCAAAUUAUGCCAAAUUGCAUCUCCCAUAAGGGCAGCAUUGUUAAUGACUGCCUUAAAAAACCUGCACUCAGUAUAAUUUCUGAGGAUUUUUUUCCACACAUCUAAAUGAAACCUGACCCACUCUUGCGUGAUUUCUUGUGAGAUCUUUGAAAGGCACCAGCCACCUAGGAAUUAAGAAGAGCUGAAUUCUCGUCCCAGCCACUGUCAUUUGCACACUCUGGGACCUGGGAAUAAUUUCCUUGCCUGCAAUAUGAAACUUUACUGUUCCCAUCCAGAACAGUAUGGGGAGGAGAUAGAGGGAAGGUGAGCUCUUCUCAGUGGGAGAGUUGAUAUGAUUUCAGCAGGUGAAAACAAAUUUAAAUUUUCACUGAAAUGAACAUGCUCCCUCGUGUUUAGUUGAAUUAUCAUCACUUCCCAAAGAUAAUGAAAACACCAUCUCCAAAUGGGAAAGGCCACUGAGGCCCAUUUGGCCCAAACUCUGGGUCUAAGCAGGAAUUCUCUCUCUCAUUCAUCUUGAUUUUAAUAAAUCAAUUCCAACUCAUUUUCACUUUCUAUGAUUCCUAUGGCAGGUUUGCAAAGGGCACAAUUUUAUGUAUUAUUAGUUCCAUUUUCCAUGUAUUCCUAUUUAGCGAACACAAUGUUGGGUUCAAAUCCUGCCAUUUUGGGUCUUUGGACAAGUCGUUAGCCUAUAUGUGCCUGAGGUAACUCCCUGGGCCUUAUCUAUAGAGAUGGAUUGCAGUUUGUAUCUUUGGAGGGCAUUUCCACCCUAGGAAAGCUCUAUGCUGAGAUCACAAACCCUUUGGUUAUUUGUGUAUCCGUCCUUAAUAAGGUUUUCAAACUACCUUCCUCCUCAUAAUCCGUGUGCCCUCAAGCAACACUUUGUUUUCAAUUCAUUAAAAUCUUAUUCAUCUUCAUUGUCAGAAAUAAAUGAAAUAUUUUAAAUAACAUUAUUAUAGCCCUGUUUCCUGGGGCUCAGCAAAUACAUGUCUGUCUGUGACUGUACACAAAAAUGCACAGACACUUGUACAAAUACACCUGUGGGUAUAUAUGAAUAAUAUAGAACACCUUAUAUAACAUGUACUUUAUAGAGAAUAUAUGAGAGAGAGAAAUCCAUGCCACUAGAUAUGGGGGGAAAAUAUUGGUAGGCCUUUAAGAGAAUGGAUUUGUUCUGGUGUGCACAUUUUCAUCUUGGUCUGAAACCAUUCAUAGUCACAGAUGGGAGGCCACGGUGACCCACUCCUCACAAAAUCUGCAGGGGAUGCUCAUGAGUAGGGGGCUGCUCGAGGGGUACAGUGGGACCAGGAGAGAGCCAUUUCAUAGCACAGCCUCAAGAAAAAUGAUCUUGGUGAGUCAACACUUCCUUUAUUUUUUUUUCUGGGAAGUAUAGCUUACUUUAGGCAACUUUGUUUGAAUUUUUAUGACCAGAGGGAAAAAAAGCGGUAAAUAUGACUAACUCGCAUGUGGAAGGUGAGCAAAGCAAGCCAGGUUUUUUAACCCUAAAACUCUACAUUUUGCUAAUUAAAAGUAUAGAUUUCCUCUCUUUCAGCCAUAACCCUCCCUUUAGUGAAGAGUUUUUUCUGGAGAAUUCUGAGCCACGACCCUGAGGGCCGAGGGCUCCUGAGGUAUGGCACCAUGGCCAGCUCCAGCGUGUUGAGGUCUUAAUUGAAAUGCCUUUUCUGAGCACGUCAUCUAGUGUGAUGGGGGAAAGGAUGUAGUCAAUGGGAAGAGGCAAUUUGCUGGGGAAGAGAACCAAUCCCAGGCAUCCUUUACUUUGUCCAGGCCCUCCUCUAGGUCAGCUGGGAGUGACCCAACACAAAGACAAUAAGGUAUUUCUCACCUUUAUCCUCCAGAUUCUUUUCUGAUCUCUAACUCUUACUUAAGGGACUGAACAGACUAAAAGAUCAAUAGGUUCACAGAGCUGCUUGGAUAACAGCUACAUCCCAAGAACAAAAACGGAGGUCCAGCUCGAUAUCCCAGAACUUUCUAAUAAUUUGAGCCACCCAACAGCCCCCCAGUUUCCCAUUCUGAGCAAGUCAUGUUCUCUCUCUGGGUCUUGGCUCCGAACCAGCCUUUUGUAAAGUUCUUAAGUUCCAGGGAAGGGGGUUGCUCCAGAGUCCUAGUUCACAGCCAUUAAGGAGCCUUCAAGUAACGAGCAGAUGGCCAUCUGCUAUGGAAGGGAUUCCAAACCCAGUGGGAAUUGUGACCAAGAUCUGAGAUUCUGGGAUCUCUUCUGCAGUCUCAUGAAAUCAUUCCUGACUCAGAAAUUCUCCGGGGAUCUUUACCAGCUCGAACUUGGGCCUUUCCCAGUGGACCCUCCCUAUCACGGUAGAACUUCUACAAGUGUGUCCCCAGGUACCCGGCUUUCCAAUAAAUCGGGCUGUGUCAGGAGGGAGUCCGGCCCAGGACACCGAGCACGGACCCCCGUGAGUAAACAACACACAAGCACUUCCUUCUCUUCACAGGCAGACUGAAGACUCAGCUGUUACUUGCCAUACUGUAGUCACCAAGCCUUCUAGAGCUGACUUUUAGGAACAAAUUUUCAAGGCUAAAUAUCAUACGGUGGCUAUUUGGAAUCUCUUCCCUGAAAACUGGACUCACAGGGAUACCAUUUUCUCCAUCAUAACUUAAGCAGGAAAAGCCACAUUCAAGUCCAGAGGGAAAAGAGUAGCCAUCUUGCACUGAUGGUUUUGUUAAAAAAACUGAAAGGUGCGUGGAAGGAGGGCUGCGAUUGCUCAGAGUUUCUGCCCAGAUCACCAGAUGUGGGAAGUGUCCAUCCAUCGGCGAGCAUUUCAAUUGUCACCAGAUGUUGUAAAUUGAAAUCUUGGUCUUUUGAAAUUGCACAAUAGAUUGUGUGUGUGUGUGUGUGUGUGUGUGUGUGUGAGAGAGAGAGAGAGAGAGAGAGAGAGAGAGAGAGAGAGAGAGAGAGAGAGGGAGGAGAAAGUGAUUGGCCAAAGUGAUUCAAAUUAAAAGGCUAAGAACACCCAAGUUCCUGUGCCAUUAUCUGAGAGGGGUUUGUUAUAACAACUUUAGAUGCUUUUACAACAUGUCCUUAGAAUUUCAGCUCACAUUUAGUCAGUGAGCAGUGUGCUUAAAACCAGUGGCCAAAAAAAAAGUUUAAAAAAUUGCCAAAAAAAUCAAGAAAAAAAAAACUGUUCAAAACCAAGCUGUAUAUACUUAACCUUUUUUUUUUUUUAGCAGAGUAUUAUUUAUUUGCAUAGUCUAUUUAUUGUAUUGGGAUGACACUGUUGUUGUACCAAGAUGAAAUCCAUGACCCCAAGCAAGAAAUCUUGCCUUGGUUGGUUAUCUUUAAUUGGGACUGCUAUUAACACUGUUGACUUGCAUUAACAAUAAAAAGAUAGAAACCCCGCAAUCAGGGAUGUCUACCGAACUUCUCAGGGACUACAGUCAGUAGUUAUCCACUCUCCGAAGCACUGGUAGAUAUGAAACAGUUUGUUGAUUUACCAGAAUCCUUAGUGACAGUGUUCCCCUUCCUCUCCCCUGCUUGUGGGCUCUGUACAUAUGGUAGUGUUGCAUAUUUAUGAAAGCUAGUGAGCAAUAAUUUAUAUGUAAAAAUGGCCAAGCAAUAUAAGAUUAAAAUCUGUAUAAGUGACUGUGACCUUAGAUGGUAUUUUUGAGUGUUUUUUAACUGCUUUCCAAAAUAUAUGACUAUUAAAGAC